GCUCCCUCCAACCCACCAACACCGCCUCCUCCCUCACCUCCCUCCCUCCCUCCCUCAAAGCUCUGCUCCCCAACCGUAAACUCCGGAGCCACAUGCCACACUCCGCAGCAGCAGCAGCGAUAGUGGCGGCAGUGGCGGCGUGCGUUGCAAGGCACGGGUCGGGGUGGCGAGGUCAGCCUCCGGCGAGACGGGAGCGCAGAGAUUCGCCGAUCUGAAGACCCAUAAACGACUCGCUGGUCCUCCCUCCUCCGGCCGCCACAACCGCCCCGUCCAACCCACGCCGUCUCCCUCAAUGAAGCCGUAGGCGCCCGGCAAUGAUGAUGAAGAGAGCUCUGAGUGACGGCUUCGGCCGCGGCGCCCUGGCGGGGACCCCGGCGGGGACCCCAGCGGGGACCCCAGCGGGGAACCCAGCCGGGACGCUGAGCGCGGGGGGCGUGGAGGCGCGGGUACCCCACGCGCAGCGACGCGAGUUGUGGUCCCAGCCCCCUGCGGAGGGCUUGAGGCCCCCCCCGGGCUACGUCGCUCACAGGAGCCCCCAGGCCGGGAGAGUUCGAAAACCAGAGGAGGCGACGCACGGCUCAUCGAAAGGAAGCAACGGCUAUGCGCUGCAGUGCGUCGCGAUUGCACGGCACCGCGCGGCAGCGGCUGCGGCGGCGGUGGCACAGGGACCCCCGGCCCCUCGCCGGCUCGAACCGACCGUGCACGCCGCACCGGGGGGGUACCCGGCGACAGACGCCGGCUGCCGCCCCCACUUCCUCGGAAUGCACCAGGGGCCCCCCUCGGCGAUUCAUCCCGACGCCAGCAGAUCGCUUAUUUCCCACGAGUCCACCACGUCCAUCGGCCCCGGCCUGGCCGACAGCCAAACCGCGGCUCUGAAGCAGGAGUGGCCACUGGCGGGCGGCUACGGCACCAUCUCCCCGUCGCCCGCCGGCGCCUGCGACGGCGACCAGACGCACGGCCGCGGCAGCGAGCCGGCGCCCGCCCCUGGUGCCUGCCGCUACCCGUUCGGCGACCCGGCGACGGCGCGGGCCGGGCGCCUCGACCGCCACCGCAAGCGCGCGCCGCACUCCGCGCCGCACUCCGCGCCGCACUCCGCGCCGCACUCCGCGCCGCUCUCCGCGCCGCACUCCACGCCGCAAGCGUUCCCUGGCGACAUCGACAUCGACGCCGUCGUCCGCACCUCGCCCACGUCUCUCGCGGCGUACAUCGGCGCCGGCGCCCGGGCCGCCCCCUCGUGCGUCUCGCUUCAGGCCGGCGUCUACGGGCACCACCUACGCGCCAGGGCCGGGGGCCCCUCGCCCCCCGGCGGACAGCGCCACGCGGAGCUGGCCGGCCGCGCCGACGAUCGCUCGUCGCUCGACGACGAGCGCCACUACUCGUGGGAGGCCGCGGUCGGCGCGGCGGCGCGCCGAGGGCGCUGCGCCGCCUUCAAGCGGGAGCCGCCGAGCAACGGCUACCCGGACGCCUGCCCGCUCACGCCGCCGCCGCCGUACGGCGCUCACCGCGGUCCCGCCGGCGCUCCCGCGGGCGCCGGCGGAGGGGACCCGGAGGCCGGCGCCCCCGGGGCCGAGGCGGCGGCGCCGCUGGAGCCGGACGAGGUGGAGUUCCGCUGCCGGUGGAUGGACUGCGCGGCGUCGCAGCACGGGCGGCGCGAGGAGCUGGUGCGGCACAUCGAGAGGGCCCACGUGGACCAGCGCAAGGGCAGCGACGACUUCACCUGCUUCUGGACCGGCUGCCCCAGGCGCUACCGGCCCUUCAACGCGCGCUACAAGCUGCUCAUACACAUGCGCGUCCACUCGGGGGAGAAGCCCAACAAGUGCACGUUUGAGGGCUGCAGCAAAGCGUUCUCCCGGCUGGAGAACCUCAAGAUCCACCUGCGAAGCCACACGGGCGAGCGGCCCUACCUGUGCCAGCAGCACGGCUGCCACAAGGCCUUCAGCAACUCCAGCGACCGCGCCAAGCACCAGCGCACGCACUUCGACACGAAACCGUACGCCUGCCAGAUCCCGGGCUGCAGCAAGCGCUACACGGACCCCAGCUCCCUGCGCAAGCACGUCAAGGCGCACUCCGCCAAGGAGCACCACACCCACAAGAAGCUGCGGUCUGUGCUGGGGGACGAGCAGGAGCCGCUGGGCGAGUGUCUGUCCGCGCAGGGGCUGCACCUGGGCAUGGCGACAUCGUCGGAGCGCUACGACACAAGAGGGGUGGCGCUGGGCGACUCGCACCACCUCAACCAGGGAAUGUUUGUGUCCAACAUGAGCUCGGCGGUCACGGGCGUGCCUUCCGGGACACAGCGUCCAGCAGCGCAGCAGCAGCAGCAGCACCACAUGCAGCAGCAACACCCGCAGGUGUCAGCACUGCACCCUCGAGAUGAGCGGAGAGACAGAUUUGCCCCACCCACGCCGUCUCCCCACCACAUCAGCCCCGGUCGGGUACCAGCAGCUCCCCCGCAGAUGCACCGGCGAACGCCCCAUCAGGGCUUGCAGCCUCACCAGCAACAGCACCAGCACCAGCCCCUGCAGCACCACCAGCACCACCAGCAACAGCAUCACCAGCAGCAGCCUCAUCACCUGCCACCCCUCGGUUCGCCCGACUUUACGGGCAUCUCGGCUGCAGGCCACACUCACAAGGGCUACGCCAACACGACGCCUCCGUGCCAUCCGCCCAGCACCUCCUCACCGGCCACGUCUCACUUGCACGGUUACGGAGGCAACAUCUACUCUAUGUCGUCCACGCACGGCCUGGCCGAGUCGUUCCAGCGCGCCAGCCCGUGCAGCCUUUCCUACGACGAGCUGCCACCCGGUGGCCUCUCGGGAGGGUUCGAUGUCUUCCAGCGAACCCUGUCGGCCCACGCAGGCUAUGAUCUCUCCUCUGGCAUGGCAGGGGUCUUUGCCGAAUCGGUGAGGUCAGGCGGGAUGGAAGAAAUGUCGAGCUUCCUGCACAUCACCGCCAUGGAUCGCUGUCCCAGCCAGAUGUCCUCCAUCUACACGGAGGGCUGAUGUCCUCCAUCUGCGCAAUCCGCAGAGAGGAGACCACACCGCAUUUGUCGCCGUUGCUGCGCCCAGAAGGCCCGCCAUGCCCACGCGCCCCCCAAAGUUAAACAAAAGAUCGCGCAGGACGCACACAUGCGCACACACAUUCACACACACACGCACACACACACACACAUUCACACACACGCACACACAUUCACACACACGCACACACACGCACACACACAUUCACACGCACACACAUUCACAU